CGGGAUCCCGGUUCUGGCAGAGCGGCACCUUCGAGGUGUCCAAAAGCAGUGAACCCCGGGCUGGCAGCUCCCUGCAGGUGACGCUGCCUUCGGAGCUGGAGGGCAUCUCCUACAUCCAGGUCACCAUCCAGAAAGGCACGCACAAGCAUGUGCAGGGCUGUGAGCAGAGUGACGGUGUAGCUCUUCUCAUUAUCGGAGCACAGGAGCAACUUCUCGAGAACGUGGCGUCUAUAAAAGCUUUUCAAAACUUUUAUAACGCCCUGAUCCAUAGGCUGAAGAGCCGCAGUGGUGUUAGCCGGAAGAAAAACCAGCUCAAUGGCUCUCAACUCGACUUCCACCUUGUGCGCCGAGCAGUUGUCGACGAGGAGGAGAAUCUGCCUCUUGCCGAGCUCAAAUUUUCGGUCGAAUACGAGACGAUAGCAAGUGGUCAGCUGAGCAUCAACCUGCCGCAGAACGCCUUUUCCCAGCCCCGAGACCCACUGGCAGCAGCGUCUGGAGGCUGCGCAGAAUGUGCUCUUCUGCAGGGAGCUCUUGCUCAGCUGGCGCGGGAGCAGUCCCAGCUGCAGCCGUCCAUCCCCAACCUGGUGGUCGGCAACCAGAUAACCACCGCCCUGUUCCCCGGUGUCCAGCUGUGCAUCGGUCUCUGCCACCGAACACUACAGGACCGCCAGCCUGCCUUGCCACCCUCGCGCCUGGACCACAAGCACGUGUUGGAGCACUCCCUGCAUCAGCUGUUGCGCGAAUACCACUAUGCAUUCCUGCACCAGGGGGCACCCCGACCAGCAUCGGGCCCCGUAGGGGUGCCUCGCAAGCGUCACCUGGCGGGGCCACACGCACACGACCGACAAGCCUCCGUGACUCCCUUCACAGAACAAAAACCCGGCCAGAAACCGAGUGAAGCCAUUCUGGAGAAGAUUAUUGCCCAGACACAGCAUGUGGCCCUGCGGUUACGGUGA